UUCAAAUCUAUUGAUUUUUCCAAUGAAUUGCCUUCAGAAUCUUCCCAGAUCCUCUGGUUUACCACUGAGAAGUUUCACAGGCAACUCAAGAAAGCUUUAUUCCACUGUUGUUUCACUGGGGAUGACAAAAUUUGCUGAUCAGCGUCUAAGUAUUGUGGCACAGGUUGUAUCUGGUCCAGAAUCUACUACAGAGAAGGAUGAGGAAAAAUCCGAUACAUACAGUCAUGACAUGACUGCAGCUAUGGGAGCUGUCUUGACUUAUAGGCAUGAGUUAGGAAUGAACUACAACUUCAUCCGUCCAGAUUUGAUUGUUGGGUCAUGUCUACAGACUCCUGAGGACGUGGACAAGCUUCGGAGCAUUGGAGUAAAAACUAUAUUUUGCUUGCAACAAAAUCCAGAUCUUGAAUACUUUGGGGUUGAUAUCAAUGCUAUUCGUGAAUACGCCAACAAAUGUGGUGCUAUUGAACACUUGCGUGCCGAAAUAAGGGAUUUUGAUGCAUUUGAUUUGAGGUUGCGGCUUCCAGCUGUAAUAAGCAUAUUGAACAAAGCCAUCAAUAGAAAUGGAGGUGUGACUUACAUACACUGCACAGCUGGACUUGGCAGAGCUCCCGCAGUUGCGUUGACGUAUAUGUUCUGGGUUCAAGGCUAUAAGCUUAGUGAAGCUUUCGAUUUACUCAUGAGCAAACGCUCCUGUUUUCCGAAACUAGAUGCCAUCAAAAGUGCCACAGCAGACAUUCUUACAGGCCUUAAAAAAAUGCCCGUAACGUUAACAUGGCAUGGUGAUAAUUGUACUACAGUGGAAAUAUCUGGACUUGAUAUUGGUUGGGGUCAGAGAAUACCUUUAAAGUUUGACGAGGAACGAGGUUUGUGGACUCUCCAGAAGGAUUUGCAUGAAGGAAAAUAUGAAUACAAGUACAUUGUAGACGGUGAAUGGAUAUGCAACGAGUUUGAGCCGAUCACUUCUCCCAACAAAGAUGGACAUGUCAACAACUAUGUAGAGGUUCUUGACGAAAAUCCAGACAACAUCACUAGUGCAGCAGUACGAAAGAGGCUCACCGGUGAUGACCCUGAUCUUACCUCAGAUGAAAGGCUCAUAAUUGAACGAUUUCUUGAAGCUCAUGCAGACGUAGAAUGAAGGAAUACUUAUUACUUACUAGAUACACUUAAUAAUUGUAAGCAAAGUCAAUAUCUGCUAUAUAACUCAUCCAGUUGUAAUUAGUAUGCAGUUUUACUUGAAUGAACACUAGUUAUAUCAUAUAUGUUGUAGUGAAGUAAUAACAUCCUUAAUCUUCUUUUUU